GAAUGCGAACACGAGCCCCCGACACCACACACUACACCACACUACACCAUCCAGCAGCACCCAGCACCCAGCGCACCGACACACACCGAGCACACGGAGCCAGCGCACACCGGAGACCAGAGCGCAGGCCCGGCUCUACCGCCGCGCAGCGCACCGGCAGCGACCCUACCUCUGGAUCCAACUUCCCCCGGACUAUCUCAGCGCUCUCACCCGGGCACAGGAGACGGAGGAGCGGGCUCGUUCAUUGCAGCCAUGAGGAGCCCCACCCCUCACCACUGAGCUGCCGGGGUCAAAGGUCAAGCUCUGUGUCGGGGGCAGACAUGGCCGACCGGGAGGGACCGCCCAUGGCCCCGGGGCAGGUGUACAUCGAGGUGGAGUACGACUACGAGUACAAAGCCAAGGAUAAGCUCGUCACCAUCCGGCAGGGGGAGUGCUACCUGCUCGUCAAGAAAACCAACGAGGACUGGUGGCAGGUGCGGCGGGAUGAGGGCACCAAGACCUUCUACGUGCCGGCGCAAUACGUUAGGGAAGUGCGGCGGGCGCUGCUCCCCCCCCUCAAGCCCUCAGUGAGAGCCAAACCCUCCGUGCUGGAGAUCUGCAGAGCGUCAGACGAGAACCUCAACAGACCCCAGCCCGAGAUGACCAGCUUCGGACGGCCGCCCCCCUCCUCCACGCCCUCGCCCUCGUCCGACCGGGUCACGCCUCCAGCCCUGCACCGCGACCCCAACCAGAACCCCAACAACCAGACCCACAGCAACCAACCACCCAACAACCCGCCCCACCAGCCCCUGGGCAGUCCUCAGCAUUGCAAAGUGGUGGCGGAGCUGGUGCUUCUUCACAAUAACAACAACCACCACCUGAAUGCUCUGCAGAGGACGCGCUCGGACUCUCCCCCGCUCAGAGGCCCCGCCCACAGCCGCAGCCCGGACAGCGACCAGGCGGCGUCGCCCUGUGCCCCGUCCCCUCACGCCCUACGCCACGACUCCGAGUCUGGAGACGAGCUGAGCAGCAGCAGCACGGAGCACAUGCAGAGCAGCUCCCCCACGGGCCCCGGCCGCUCCGACUCCCCGGUCUACACUAACCUCCAGGAGCUGAAGAUCUCCCAGUCCAACCUGCCCCCAGUGCCCUCGGGCUCCCCCCUGCACCUGCACGGAGACUGGGAGACGCACAGGGACACCAGCGGGAGACACUUCUACUACAACAGAGCCACUGGAGAGAGGACGUGGAAGCCCCCCCGCACCAGGGACACGGCCAGCACCAGCAGCAUGAAGGGGGACGGCCACAGAGGGGACAGCCUGAAGAGGGACGGCCACAGAGGGGACAGCCUGAAGGGGGACAGCCACAGAGGGGACAGCCUGAGAAGGGACAACCAGGGCCCUGUGGAGACUGAGCCACUCUCCUCUGAAGAGAACUGUAACAGCACCCACUCCAGUCAGUCAGACAGCCAGUACGGGUCGCCCCCUAGAGGCUGGUCUGAGGAGCUGGACGAGCACGGCCACACUACCUACGUGUCGGAGUACACCCAGGAGAAGUGGAUCAAACAUGUGGACGAGCAGGGGCGGCCAUAUUACUACAGCGCAGACGGCUCCAGGUCCGAGUGGGAGCUGCCCAAGUAUAACAUCUCACCUCAGUCGGGGGAGCUGCCCAAAAGCCGUAGUCUGGAGAGGAAGCAGCAGGAGCCCAUAGUUCUGACCAAGUGGAGACACAGCACCUAUGUACUGGACCUCAAUGACAAGGAGAACGCUCCGGCCGGGCCCAAGCAGAGCUCCCCGGACUCUGACUCGUGCCCGUCGUCUCCCAAACACCCAAACACUCCCUCAGAGAAAUGUGGAGUCCUCAACGUCACCAAGAUCACAGAGAACGGAAAGAAAGUCAGGAAGAACUGGGCAUCGUCCUGGACCGUGCUGCAGGGCUCCUCUCUGCUCUUCGCCAAGGGCCAGGGGGGCACCACCAGCUGGAAGUUUGGGGGAAACCAGUCCAAGCCGGAGUUCACAGUGGACCUGAGAGGCGGAUCUGUGGAGUGGGCGUCCAAAGACAAGUCCAGCAAGAAGCACGUCAUAGAGCUGAAGACUCGUGUGGGCACAGAGCUGCUGAUCCAGUCUGAGAUCGACAGUGUGAUAAACGACUGGUACAGAGCCCUGAGUGACACCGUCAGCACACACGCGUGGGAGUCUGACGAGGCCAUCGAGGAGGACAUGCCUGAGUCUCCAGGAGCAGAGAAGCAGGACAAAGAGAAGGAGCACCGUGACUCCAAGAAGAACAGAGUGAUGAAGACCUCGGUGAGCAUGGACGUCUCAGACCAGAAGAAGACCAGGAUGAAGCUCAAGAAGUUCCUCAUACGAAGGCCCACCUACCAGGCCGUCCGCGACAAGGGUUAUAUUAAAGACACUGUGUUUGGCUGUAGUCUGAGCGCUCUGUGUCAGAGGGAAAACUCCACUGUGCCCAAGUUUGUGAGAAUGUGCAUCGACCAUGUGGAGGACACAGGGCUGGAUGUGGACGGUCUCUACAGAGUCAGUGGGAACCUGGCUGUCAUCCAGAAGCUGCGCUUUGCUGUCAAUCACGAUGAGAAGCUGGAGCUGGACGACAGUAAAUGGGAGGACAUCCACGUGACCACUGGAGCCCUCAAGAUGUUCUUCAGAGAGCUGCCUGAGCCCCUCUUCACCUACACCUCCUUCAACGACUUUGUCAACGCCAUCAAGUGUCAGGACUACAAGCAGAGACUCAACUCCAUCAGAGACUUGAUCAAGAAGCUGCCUAAACCCAACCACGACACAAUGCAAGCGCUCUUCAAACACCUGCGCAGGGUGGUGGAGCACGGGGAGGCUAACCGCAUGACCACCCAGAGCGUGGCCAUCGUGUUCGGCCCCACCCUCCUGCGCCCGGAGACGGAGAGCGGGAACAUCGCCGUGCACAUGGUCUACCAGAACCAGAUCGUGGAGCUCAUCCUCAUAGAGUACGACAGCGUGUUCGGCAGGUAGAGGCUCGGCGCCCGCCGCACCCGCCGCACCUGUGGCACCCGUCUAUGGACCAAGCCCGGACGCGCACCUCGCAUUUACCUGUUGCACUUAUCAAGGAUUUUUGAUGCCAUAAGUGUUGACGGAGCACUGGAGAAACGGCCAGUAGAGACACAGCACCUGCAGCAGCUCACGUCUCCACAGCCCCGAAGAAACUCUGAUCAUCUCUCAGGGUUUAAAUGGAAGAAGCCCAGAACGUAACAACAAGCUCGUUCUUUUGUGUCAGAUGCCCUCCCAGUCUGCUUUAUCCCUGUGUCAGAUGCCCUCCCGUCCUCCUGUCCAUGGGUUUGAAUGAUUGAUUUUGCUCAUUCAAAAGAUACAAUAUUUUUAAUUGUUAACUGCAGCUGUGGUUGGUUUUCAUCUCUCUGAAACUCAUGGAUAUCCCUGUAUGUCAGAUGCCCUCCCAGUCUUCUUUAUCCCUGUGUCAGAUGCCCUACCGUCCUCCUAUCCAUGGGUUUUAUUGUUUGAUUGAGGUGGGUGAUUUCUUCAAGACUUUUGCCCAUUUCUGUCCCAUCUAACUCUAUCCUAUUGUGUCAGAUGCCCUUCCAUCGUCCUAUCAGAACUAGACCAGGGUUAGACCAGGGCUGGACCAGGACUAGACCAGGGCUAGACUAGGGUAGGGGUAGAAAAGGACGAUAUGAGGACUAGACCAGGACUAGACCAGACAGGGUCACCAACAUUUCUAUCCCAUGCUAUAUCCUAUUGCAUCAGAUGCCCUUCCAUCCUCAUCCUGUCUGUCUGUGUGUCAGAUGCCCUCCCGUCGUCCUAACUGUGGGUUUCAGAGUGAUGAAAAGUUAGGGCUGUUGUCAUAGCGAUUAAAGUUAAAAAAAAAAAAAGAAUGCUCAGCCGUCUUCAAAGCAACAUCAUGUAACAGGAAGAUUGGAACCUAUGAAUACAUCUAUUUAUAUUCACAUUUUUUUAAGGGCGAUGGAGGAGAUCGAUGUUUCUAGUUACAUUUCAGUAGCCAAGUUAAAAAUUAAAAAUGUACUGGCUCCACAAUGUGAAUAUUCCUAAAUAUGUGUCUGUUGUUACGCUGAACUUCUUCCGUUUAAACCUCCUCAUCUGGGCUGUUGUUACGUCACAGCUGCUGCACACCUCAUUUCGGCAUUAAACUUCGCGACGCUCCCGUUGGACGUUCUGGACCCGUGGAGUGACUUUUCCGAGACUUGUCAUUGUUGGAUUUGAAUCAGUGUUAUCGUGUGGGAGAAGCGUGAGGAGCACUUGGGCGGUUUUGGACCAGUUCGUGGACAGACCUCAUCCCGCGCGAGCGAUGAGACGCGCGAUGGAACUUUGAGCACAAGUCCUUUUCUUCUCGUCAUCUUGUGGAUCUGGUACGGCCGUGUAUCGUGUCGUAUGUCCGGUGGGGAUUUUGGAAAACUCCCCGAAAGUAUGAAAUGAAAUGUUGCGUUUAUGAAUAAAUUGUGUUUGUUUAUCCACGAAUUGUUGUGUUAAUAGAAAGUGGUCAUGUUCAAGGCCCAUGUUGCGCUAUUUUUUUGUUUUCAACCUAUGUUCUAAUGUUUUUUCGUCAUCACAAACAGACCUGAAGCUGUGUUUUGUUACAUCCACACACAUUUAACACACAAACCCUGCACAUUUAGGCCGAGUUCCACCUUGUGAUGUCGUGUGGUGAUACAGGAAGUGCUCCAGCGUCUUAAUACUCAUAAUACUUCAGUAGGUUGGCAAUUCCAAAGCUGAAAUUGUCCAAAUUAAUCUAGAGAACUAAAGGUAAAAGGAGCCGUUCACUUGAAAACUACCACUUCAUGACAUCACAAGGUGCACAGAGCAUUUUGAGCUUUGGAGAUGUAAACAGACUAAUAAAAAAGAGACUCAAACAUGUGUGAAUGAAACAAAACACAACUCCAGCUCUGUUUUUGAAGAGGAAACAACAUUAAAACAUAGAUCUGAAAAUAAAUACAUUAAAUUCAAGAGACCUUCCGUCAGAAACCCUCCACAGUGCAUCUUUAAACACAUUCACUUUCUAUUAACAUAAACACGACAAAACUUGGUCAACGUUUCAUUUAUUUUUGAAAAUUUAGGUAUGAAUAAAAAAAGUGUUGGUCAGCCCCGUUGUGUGUUGAGAGUGAGCGAGUGUAGGACUGCACCGAACUGUAAACACGUGUGUCAUGGUCUGUUUUGUAAAGAUGGAUACAAUGCUAAUAAAGAUGCUAAUUUAUAAGCUAAUAAAAUGCAUAACCGUACGACCGUUGUGAAAAAGUCACGAUUAAGCUGCAGAGUUCAGGUCAGUGUUCACGGGCAAAAGGUGUUCUGUUCAAAUUCAUGAACAAAUGAUCUGAGAGCAGAGAGCUUGGUAUUAAAAAAACAAACAAACAAAAAAAAAAGAAACUGCAUUCACACUUGUCCUGGUUUCAUACUGGUUUAGUCUGAUAGUACAGAUCUGGUCCUACCAGGUUUAGCUUUGGUUUAACCCUGGUCUAGUCCUGGUCUAGUCCUGGUCUACCACUGGUUCAGUUCAGGUCUACUCCUGGUCUAGUCCUGCCUGGUCUAGUCUGGGUCUAGUCUGGGUCUAGUUCAGGUCUAGUCCAGGUCUAACACUGGGUCAUUCCUGGUCUAGUCCUGGUCUAGUCCCAGUUUAGCCCUGCCUGGUCUAGUCCUGGUCUAGUCCUGGUCUAGUCCUGGUCUAGUCCUGGUCUAGUCCUGGUCUAGUCUUGGUCUGGUACUAGUCUGGUCCUGGUCUGGUACUAGUCUGGUCCUGGUCUAGUCCUGGUCUGGUACUGGUUCAGUCCUGAUCUACUCCUGCCUUGUCUAGUCCUUGUCUAGGCCUGGUCAAGUCCUGGUCUAGUCCUGGUCUAGCCCUGCUUGGUCCAGCCCUGGACUAGUUCUAGUCUGGUACUGGUCUAGUCCUGGUCUGGUACUGGUCUGGUUCUAGUCUGGUCAUGUUACUGCUUUGGUACUGGUCUAGUCCGGGUGUAGUCCGGGUGUAGUCCGGGUUUAGUCCCAGUUUGGACGUGUGUGCACAGGUGUGAACGCAGUGAAAACUCUGCAGGUGUUUUACAAAACGUCUGAAGUGUCAAGUGUGAUGGACACAUGAAAACAGAUGAGCGUUUAAUGAGUUCAUGAAUAAAUAAAUAAAUGUCAAUAAUGAAACCAAAAGCAUCUCUAAAAUUAACCCUAAAGUAUGAACUUGUAUUUUUACACCGAGCCAGUGUUAAACACAGACAGAGCAGCUGCUUCUGUGACCCGAGGAACUCAACUGUGUGUGAAAAGAACUGAUUUUAACAGAGAAACCUGUGAUUGUCCAGUGAUGUUUCCAUGACACGCACAAAGGAGAAAGAUGUUGUGUAUUUUUUUCUGACCAAUAACAUCACCUGAAAAUGUCCAAGAAACUGUUUCAAACGUGGAAAACUGGACUGGAGCCCUCAUGUUGUGUGUGAUGCUCUGCACGUUCUCAGAUGAUGAAACUGUGUGGACUCUGGUCCGGACUCUGGUCCGGUCUCUGGUCCGGUCUCUGGUCCGGUCUCCUGUGGACUUUUGUAUGUGGCACUCUGUGAAUAAAAGUGAUGUGAGACUGA